AUGACCAAGGCUGGUGUCAUUGAACCCUCCACAAAUCCUUGGCUUUCACCAGUGGUUCUCGUUCGUAAAAAGGAUGGUACGAUACAACAGGUUAUUGAUGACUUACACCAGAGCUGCAUUUUCACCUCUUUGGAUGCUGGUUCUGCCUAUUGGGCUAGCCCUGUGCAACCUCAAGAUCGACCUAAGACAGCAUUUAGUGAUAGGGCUCGUGUGUGGCAGUUCAGACGAAUGCCAUAUGGUCUGAAGACAGCCCCACAGAUCUUUCAGAGAACUGUUAAUAUAAUGCUAUACUCUGUCUUAGGUUACCACACAACCGCUUACUUGGAUGAUGUGGUUAUUUUUAGUAGAAGUACAGAGGAGCACCUCGGAAAUAUAGAGACUCUUAAAUUGUUACAUAGAGCUGGUUUGCGUUUGAACCCAGGUAAAUGUGAGAUAGCUAUAAGGAAAUUAGAAUUUCUUGGCUUUGAAGUAUCAGUACUUAAUCCCCAAAACCUAACUGCUAUAGUGGAAAUGAGCCGCCCGAAAGAUGUACGAGGAGUGCGCCGAUUCCUUGGUGCUACAGAAUUCUUCCACCGUUAUAUAGCCAUCGGGGCAUGCUUGAUGCAGCGUAACACAGAGGGCAUACCUCACACUGUGGCAUAUUUCUCCAGAAAAAAGAGUGGACCAGAGACUUGCUACAGUACCACUGACAGUGAGGCACUCACUAUUGUAGAGGCAGUAAGGGUCUUCAACCCAUACGUUUAUGGACAGAAAUUCACUGUGUAUACUGAUCACCGCCCACUGGUUUAUGUGUUCACCAGGGGGACCAAGGAUGUCUCGAUGCUAAAGGACCCUACUUGGGCACAGAUAGUCGAGUACCUAGAGGGUGGAUUAGUUCCUUUUGCAAAGUUACCAGCAUCCUUGGCUGACUUUGAAGUUGGGAAUGGGGUCUUGUACCAUUUGCAGGACUCAGGUGACCAGAUUCUUUGCAGGAUUAUUAAGAAAGUUGCUUGUCCUCUUGAGAGGGUUUCAGCAGACUUGAUUCAGUUACCACUAACAGAAAGAGGAAAUAUUUAUACCUUAGUGAUAGUUGACCACCUAUCCCGUUACGUGGAGUUAGUACCUCUGCCUGAUAAACUAGCUGAAACUAUUGCCACUUCAUUCAUUGACAGUUCUGUUACAGUGUAUGAGCCACCACUGGAGUUGCAGACAGAUGGGGGAGCAGAGUUUAAUAACAACCUCAUGGCUUCUGUUUGCCGUGAACUCCAGACAAAAUUUAAGCUGACACUACCAUACAAUCUUCAAGCAAACGGUAUGGGUCACCCAAUUGAUAUAUCCAUAGGACUGACUAUGAAACCGGUCUACGAUGAUGCCGCACCACAUAUCUUGCGGCACAGACUGCAGUUAGCCUGGACAGCUGCUCAGGAAGCAUGCAGUAAAGCUCGAGUGGGUUGGACCAGGGAUUACGAUUGGAAGAUCAGGAAGCAUCUGUCUUUGAAGGAUCAUUGGUUCUCACAAAGAUGCAACCCAUGCUCAGCUGAACAGGCAUGGCUGAUGUUCUAUGCUGAUGCCAGUAUUGAAGUUGAGCCGAUCAUAUGA